AUGUCCUCCAGAUCAUCAAAUCCAGAGACUUUUGGAGGCAUAGUCUUUCGAAUAUGGGUAAAGAAACUGGCUCAAUUUCUGAAAUUCUCUGAAAUUUCAGAGUCUUCGAGGAUGGGUGAAACGAGCGAGAUUGAGGCUGAAAGUGUUUCAAGGGAGCGAUAUUGAUCUGGCAAAUACACAUGGAGAUGUUAUCAAAGAAGUUGAAUGUAAAAAGGAGGAAGAGAAAACGUAAGAAUUUGAGAUUUUCUGAAUCAGAAAGCUGAAUAUUUUUCAGCGGUAUUUUGUAUACAACUUUCGACGACACUUCAUUGUUUUAUUAUCUUUGGACAUGUAUUGUUUGUUUGGUUUGCCUUCAUCCACUUAUUUUCACAGCAAUGUCUGUCUUCAAUGAUAUUCAUCCAUUUUUACGCUCAACUUCUAAUCUCAAUCAUUUUUUCGAUUUUAUUUUCCUCCUGGACCUUUUCAUUCAAACUCGUCUGCAAAUAGUUGAAAACGGAGUUCCGGUUAAAAAUUUGCGAAAACUUUUCGACAACAGAGUUCGAAGGUUAAUCAUUCACUAAUGGGCCUAUGCAGAAUAAUAUUUUGUAAUAAAAAAACAUUAAAAAACAUUUUUUUCCUAUGCAGAAAAACGUCGAAAAAACAAAAUAAAGACAACGUGAAAUUGAGAGAGCGCAGACAUAAAAUGGGUUUUUUGUCUGCACUCUCUCAAUUUCACGUUGUCUCUACUCAAAAUAAUAAACUGUAUAUUUUGUUUUUUCGACGUUUUUCUGCAUAGGAAAAAAAAUGUUUUUUAAUGUUUUUUUAUUACAAAAUAUUAUUCUGCAUAGGCCCAUAAAUAUUAUAUGUAUAUUUCAUUUUUUUCAGCAAGCAAUUUAUAAUCGAUGUUAUUUGCUUGAUUCCAUUUCACUUGGUUCCUGGAUUCUCUUCCAGUUUUUUCUUCGCAAAACUCAAUAAAUUAUUAAAAUGUUAUCGGCUUUUAGAUUUCGCAUCGUUGACUGAAAUUCGAACAACUUCUCCACACGCUUUUCGACUUUUCAAAUUGGUUUUCCUUUGCUUUGUGAUCUUCCAUUGGAAUGGAUGUCUAUAUUUUCAUCUCAGCAAGAUCUAUGAUUUUGAACGUAAUUACUAAAAAUUUCUGAAUAAAAUAUAAAAUGUAUUUUCUUUCAGUUGCAUUCCUUGAGGAUUGGAUAUUUUCCUAUGACAAAAUCAUAAAUCCAGUGAAAGCUGAAUGUAUAACAGAUAUUCCAAGUGAUUCAGGAUUUUGUGAUACUCGACAAUGGAAUUCUAGUGAUUUGCAAGAUCUGAGCGAAGAUGAAAUUCAAGAAUUUUUUGAUGAUCUCAUGCCAACGGAAUGGGGAAAUAAGUUAGUUUUGUUUUUGUUUUAAAGAAAUCUCUUCAAUUUAAUUAUUUCAGAACAAAACAGAUCGAAUUCACAAAUUUGACACGGCAAUAUGUUCUUAGUUUUUACUGGUCUGCUUUGACUUUGGUUACUUUAGGAGAACAACCAUCACCAAUUAAUACAUUUCAAAAUGCUUUCGAGAUUUUCGACACUUUAUUGGGUCUUGUUAUUUUUGCGACAAUUGUUGGAGAUGUUGGUAACAUGGUUGUAGCAAUCAAUUUAGGAAAAUCAGAAUUCGAAAAUGUUUUGGAUGGUUGUAAAAGAUUUGCGGUUUAUCGAAAAGUUCCAUUUGCUCUUCGCAAAAAAGCUGUCGAAUAUUUCACAUAUUCUUGGGCUCACGGAGGUGCUCAAGUUGACGAGGAAGAAGUUGCUGAUUUCCUACCUCCCCGACUUUUCGGUGAAAUUGCUGUUGAAAUUCAUAUGGAUACAUUAAAACGUGUCAAAUUGUUCGAAGAAUGUGAUUCAAGACUUCUUUACGAAUUAAUUCUUAAACUUCAACCCCGAAUGUAUAGUCCAAUGGAUUAUAUUUGUAAAAAAGGUGAAGUUGGAACUGAAAUGUACAUUGUGAAAAAAGGAUUCGUUGAAGUUGUGAGUGAAGAUGGGCAACAAAUAUUUGUGACACUUGGAAGUGGUGUUGUUUUUGGCGAAUUAUCAAUUCUUAAUAUUCCUGGGAAUAAAAACAAAAAUUUACGAACAGCGUCUGUUCGAUCGAAAGGAUAUUCUGAUUUAUAUGUGUUGGACAAAGAAGAUUUGUGGGAAGCAUUGAGAGAAUAUCCACAGGCAAAGGAUUCACUCAUUGAGAAAGGUGAAAUUAUUUGACUUAACUGUUGAGCAUGAUAAUGCGAUUUGUGAAGUCAUUAGAAUUCUCGAAGCCACGCAAUAGGUCAGAACUGAACUUUAAAAAACCUAAUACAUAGUUUUUAACGGUCAAUCCUAUUCUCAAACUCUCUCUUAUUUUCACUUGAAAUUAAAUCCAAUAUUACAAAUCACGCACUAACUUUUAGACAUUAUGAGUUAGAUGAUUUUGAAUCUCAAAUCUCCAUCCAAGAAAAAACUUGUUUCAGGUAAACAAAUUCUUGCAAAAGACAAUUUGCUGGACGAAAAUAUGCCAAAAGACGACGAAGAAGAUGAAAUAUGUGGACCGAUUGAGGAAAGAUUAACGAGAUAUCAAGAAGAAACAGCUGAACUCGAGAAACAAAUUGAAGAAGCUGAGAUUAGAAUCAGGGUAGGUAUCUAGAAAUACUAAUACUAAUUAUGUCAUAGCAGAUCAAACAAUGUAUUCAUUUCACUUGAAAAUGGGCGGAGUCACACAUUUCUUUUCUUAUUUUCAUUUAUCUAGCCAGCAGCUAGCCAGACCAAAACUUGAUAAAUUCAAGGUUAUAUUCGGGUUCUUUUUCUUUUUUUGCAUUUAUACAUCAUCUGUCUUUAAACAUUUUAAAUAAUAUACAAAAUAGAAGCUUUUUUGAUGUUUGGCUACAAUUGUAGGUAAAUAUUUGUUAACAUGAGUCAGUAUUUCGUUUUAUUUUGGGUCAGGGAAAUAGUCACUUGUUUUCAAGUUUUGGAAGAUUACUGUGACUGUGGUUUGGGAUUUGAGACUUUUGCGAAGGGCGGAGUUAGACUAGAAUUUUUUAAAUAGUCUAGAACUUGAGUUACCCCUAUAAACGUAUACUUAGAAAAUUAGUCUUCCGUUUCCUCUUUAAUUUUUACUUUUUAAUUUCUAGAAUUCACACCGUGAAAUGAAAAUGCGACUUUUUCGUGUCGAGACCAAUCUGAUUGACAUGAUGAACCGACAACAACAAAAAUAA